AUGUCAUGUUCGCGUGGUAUAGGACGAUUUGACGAACAACGCCUAACUUUAAGGAUUCAUAGAGGACGGGGUGGUUCUGAAAAUAGAAGAUGUCAUCAUCAUUCUUCCAUUAAAAGCAAUGCUUCAGGGAGAAUGUCUACAUCUACUUCUUUGAGGAAUUGUUCUCCACAACAUAGUUCACCACGUAGUGCAAGUACCAGCUUAGGAAGUACUCACGAAUCACCUGAAAAAUCAUCUAUAUCAAGGACCAACACCUGGGUUUUGCAUCAUGCGACCAAUAAUUCCAAUUCAGGAGCUUGUAACCAAGUAGUUAUCGCCAAUAAUACAAGUCAAAGUGCACCAAACAAUCAGUUAAAUAGUAGUGCCCAGCCUGAAGUCACUGUAACAAAAAGUAGUCGAAGAUCUUCGAAAUCAUAUAAGAGCUUUAAGAAGGAAAGAGUUCAAAUUUCGGUGCAGUAUCCAAGUGCAGAAAGACUUGAUGAAUUGGAAGGUGAAUUAGAAGGUGAUGCUACAAACAACAUGUACACCGUACACUACUCUGUGUCCAAUGGUAACAGCUUGUCAAAUCAUUCGUUGAUGCCAGAGCAGCAAAUAGUCUAUUCUUCGAGCCAACAACAGCCCAUUAAGCAACAACAACAAUUAACGGUGAAUCAGCAAUUAAAUUCGGGUUCCAUCUAUCGGCCACAGGAUAAUCAUCAUCUCCGAGUUACGUCGCAAAGAUUGGCACCGUCGCCUACACUGUCGAAGGGAAUGCAUAGGCGAUCCAGCAGCUGCGAUAGUAGAGAUUUGGCUGGGUUUCAAUUAUGCGAAAGUUCAAGUCCAAGUCCAACAAGAAGGAUAAUGUCUGGAAGUCUUUAUCGUGAUGAUAGCGAGUUAGGUUCGACUUCCAAACUGCAGCAGCAAAAUAGAAAAAUGGGCAAACGUAAUAUAAAAGCUCAGGUGAAACGAUUUCGAAUGGAGACGAAAGCUGCCAAAACUCUUGCAAUAAUUGUCGGUGGUUUUAUUGUAUGCUGGUUUCCCUUUUUCACAAUGUACGUAAUAAGAGCAUUUUGUCCAGACUGCAUUCAUCCUGUUCUCUUCUCGGUUCUAUUCUGGCUCGGCUACUGCAAUUCUGCCAUCAAUCCGCUGAUUUAUGCACUUUUUAGCAAAGAUUUUAGAUACGCCUUCAAGCGCAUCAUUUGCAGAUACUGCUUUUGUUGCGGUAAUCGUACCGAGGCCCAGCACAGCGGUGGAGCUGGUGGUUCUAGAAGAGGGUCCGAUGGAUCUCAAAUGAAAACUAAUUUUAGGUUUAAUACCAGUUUUAAUACCAAAAACUGCGUUCGUCAAGAUAGUGAUAAUGAUGUCACAAGAUGACCCGCAGCUAAUGUGGGAUUGCAGAGUCGAGUUUGAAAAAAGUCUAGUCUCAAAAUCUGUGCAAUCUUGUGAAUUAAAAGGAGUGAAUAAAGACAAUCGUAGAGUGCCGUAAAAAUAUUUUCAUAUAAUGAAAAUAAAUCGUGAAUAUAUCAAAAAUAAAUUGUAUAAGAUUGCAUGUAAAUUUACAGAAAAUUCUUCCAAAAUUUUAUCGAUGUUGGAUAAUGUAAAAUAUGUCAUGUAAAUUUUAUUGA